GAACAUCCUUUCGCGUUUCUUGUACAGGCGGAAUGACUUUACGGUUGCACAGCUUCUUUUCCAUUGGUCCCCGUUUGUUUACUUCAAAACAAGAGGCGGAAACGAGGAUUGAAACGACAUCGUAAGCAUGGAGGCAGAACUGGAGUUUUUGCGUGAUCAAGUCCGCAGGCUAAAUUCUGCUCUCAGCCAGUAUCAAUAUGGGCACGGUGCUCUGUCCACAUCUUCUCAGUAUAAUGGCUCCUCUGAUAGCUGAGUAUGAUCGGCACAUGGAAGAAAUGACUGAACAGCUGCAGAGAUAUCAGACACAGAUGACGGACGUCAAAUUGAAGUUGGAGAGGGUUGUCAAGGAAAAUGAAAGGCUUCAUGCAGAGCUGAGAGAGUCUGUUGAGAAGCAGCUUCAUGCCCUGCCCACAGCUUCAGGAGUCGAGGGCAGCACAUUGGAAGAAGAUGCGGUCAUCAAAAAUCUCCAAGAACAGGUCCAGCUGUCUGAACAGGAGCGGAUGCAGGCCAUGGAACUGUGGCAGACCACAGCCCAGGAGCUGGAUCGCCUCCAGCAGGUCUACCAGAAGACAAUCUCUGAAGGACAAAUCCAUGACUCCCAGAGACAGCAGCUCAAGGAUCAGCUUGUUCACUUUCAGCAGCACACAUACAAACUCCAAGCGGCCAAUCAGAAACUGGAAUCGACAAACCAGCAGUUCCUGAAGACAGUGACAGAGCAGAGCACGGAGAUGGAGGAGCUACACAGCCAGCUCAGGCAAGCCAAAGCUGAAUUGAGGACAGCCACAGCCAAAGUGGAUGAAAUGACCAAGCUGUUGCAGAAUCUCCAGGAACAGAUGCAGAGACGGGAAGAAGACAUGGGUGAAGCACGGGGCCGUGAACAUGCAGCAGACAGACGACUGCAGCAGCUUCAGGCAGCCCUGAGCCAGCUGGAGACCAGGCUAAAAGCUGCAUCACAGGAGGCAGAGGCAGUUCGCAGAGAACAAACUGUGUGGGAGCGAAAGGUGGGGGAACUCCAGGCACGUUGCACCACUCUCGAAGAGGAGAAGUAUGAAGCCCUGUCUAAAGUUCGAGAGAGCGUUCAAGUGGCCGAAGAAGCCACAUUGCACAAAGACCAGGCCCUGUUAAGAGAGAAGCAGAAAACAGAAGAGCUGGAAAAGACAAAGGAAGCAAUCAAGCAGUUGAUCUAUGAUGCUGCAGUCCGCACCAAGAAGGAGGUGGGAAAUGUUCGCAAACAGUGCAAUGUUCAAAUCCACCGUAUGGCAGAGGAGCUGUCUGCACUGCAGCUGGAGUGUUCAGAUAAAGAGUCUCAGAUUGAAAGGUCCCUACGAGAGAGAAAAGCUGUAGAGGAGGAGCUGGAGAAGGUAUAUAAGGAAGGCAGGGCAGAGCCAGAGUUCAGGAAGAUUGAUGCCCUUCAUCAGAGGUGUCUAGAUGCUGAGAGGCAGAGGGAAGACAUAAGUCUCACUCUGCAAAGCACGCAGAACAAACUUAAAACGAUGGAGAUGGAGUAUAGCGAGGAGCUGUCACGAUGCCAGGAAGAAGUGCGACGCCUGCAGAGCUCUCUGGCUUCAGCCCGCAAUGACUGCAUCGAUGUCAGCGAAGAGCGGCUGCAACUGCAGCAGGAGAACUUUCAGCUCCGCAAGGAGAUGGAUGAGUUGCGCAAAGCCACCCUGCAAGUCCAGAAUAAGGCCAAGCAACAGGUAUCUAAGUUGGAGCAAGAGUACAGCUUAAAGGAGCAAGAACUGGAUGCACGAGUGAGGGAGCUGGAGGAAAGCAGUCGAAGUUCUAGCGCUGAUCUCACUCGACUUCUUACAGCUCAGCAGAAAAGUACACAGCGAUGGAAGGAAGAGGCCAAGAACCUGGUCCAUGCAUUUGAGACUAAAAUCACGACCCUUAAGGCUGAGCUGAAUCGACAGAAGCAGCGUUCACGUGAGCUGGAGGCGCAGCUUCAAACUGACCAUGACACAAUUUCUGAGUAUGAGAAGCAGCUAGCGGAGUAUCAAGAGAAGACUAGUCGUCUCCAGAGACGGCUGACGCAAGCGGAACAAAGGGCAACUACUGCUUCACAGCAGCUGAAUAGGUUGCAAUCUCAGCGAAGAAAAACAGCCUCGGUGGAUCUAGAGCAUGUCUAAUGUGGUACAAGAAAGCACUGCUUUCAUGUUUUCCAUUCUUUUUGUGUACCAAUGCUAUAUGAAAAAUGAAUUUUUCAUUUUGUUAUAAAAAAUAAAACUAAUUUAAAAUAAUCUUUUUUGUGUGGGUGUGGCGGAUUUAUUAAUACUUACAUUUUUGUGUCUUAAAAUGGCUGUGGUCAUGUGUUAAAGUGUUGAUACUUUAAUAUUGAGGCUUUUUUUUCCCUCAGAUUUGACUCGUUUUUUUAAUGCAUAUUGUUUUUAUGUUCCACUAACUAUUUAAAUAAAAAGUGAAGCGCUUUCUUUAAAAUAACUUCCUGGAUGUGUUUCAAGAUGGGUACCGAGUAGCAAAAGUUGUUUAGAGAAGGACUUUGGUGGCGCCACAGGCUGUAUGUAAAGUGAUCAGAUCCCAUUUCAGUUCAGUUUAAUUUGUAUAGCACCAAAUCACAACAGUCCCACGAGGCGCUUCAUAUUGUAGGCAUAAAUGUAAGAAACCGUACAUUUUAUGGUUUUAUGCAGUAGCCUUUGUGCACUUGUGUAUUUCCUUUGUCUUCUAUAAUAAGGGUUAGCUGUUAUAUCAGUUGCUCCCCCGUCCAUCAAUUAUAGGGACAUGCCCAGAGAUUUGCCAAACCUCAGCUGUGAGAAAUUAAUAUACCGACAAAGAUUACUGAUUGAUUGAAUGAAAUGUCCAGUCCCAAAUUGUCUUCAUGGGCUCACAAGUCACUAUUAUAAUUGCAUCUGCAGAUAUUAAAUGACAACUCCUUAGGGCAAUUUUACAGAUGAAAUACAAAUUCUAAUUCCUUCUCAGCAACAUAUAGAUGAGGGGAAAAAGAUAACCUAAUACAUUAUCUCAAAAGUGUGUGGACUUCAUAUCAGUAAUUAUACAAAUAUUAUAUAAACUGUAGUAGAAGUUGCAUUUACAUUUAUCUGUUAAAUAUUCUGUUUUGCACCCACAUAUGAAUCAAAGCCACUCAAAUGUUUCUUGAUCUCAGAAACCUUUGGUGUAAAACACAUCAAGGGCACAGUUAACAUAACCAAUAAAACAAACAAGACGCACUCUGAGAGAGGAAACUUCUGCCAAGUCAGCUCACUCUGGGCAGUAUUUACUUUUAAGGGAUUAGUAUUAUAUUUUUUAUAUAUUCAUUUUGUUUUCUUUGUUCUUUUUAAAAAUACUUUAACAUUUUUGUAGUGCAUUAAAAAUCGGAUAAAAGUAGCAUGACAGAUAGACAUGUACAAGUAGGUCAUGGAUAAUAGUUAUUAAUUUGUAAGUAACUGGACAUAAAUAAGUUAAACUUAUUAUAAUAUAUAAAGUACAUUUCUAAGUAACUAACUAGAUAUCUCUUUCUCUUGAAAAUACUUUUUUUAAAGAUCUAACACAUUUUGAGGUCAACUUGGAAGAAGGGCAGAUAUGAAAUGUAAAAGUGAGAUCAGAGGUCUGGAUGCAAACUAUAAUGUGAUACUUAGAAUCCACAUAUACCAAUCAUCAUUUUGUAAAUGUUGCAAUACAAAUUUUUAAUUUUAAGGAUAGUUUUAAGUGGUCAUUACAUUACAAAUCAUUUUCUUUAUGUUGACAAUACACAACACAGAAUCGUAGUUUCUAGGUUAUACAGCUUUUUGUCAAUUUCCAAUGAGUAACUCAAUGAAUUAACCUUGAAGACCUUGGUGGUUGAAUCAGAAACAAAAUACUUUAUUAAUCCCAGAUGAAAUUUUGUAAGCCAAAUUUUAAUGGACUGUUAACAUGACUACACUAUGCCCCUGCAAGGUUUUAUCAGAAUUCACUAAAAUGCUACCAGAAACAUAACCUACUUGGCAGAUAGGUUCAUGGCAAUAACUUUAGUGGUGCAUACAUAGGCAGGUUGGCUAUUUCUUCCUGCAUUCUACUAAACAAAGCUGUUUUGGCUGCGGAGUCACAUUUAGCACUCUAUCAGACACGCCAGCUUUCUUUCAGGAAAUUAAUGUUUAUAGGAGAAUAUACAUGGAUACAAAAAGGUAUUCAAGAAAUGCCCUAUAGUUACCCCAUGUUGAUGAAGCACUUCUAAUGAGUAACACACGUGUUUACUAUGCUGUCUCAUGGUACCUCCAAAGAUAUUCUUAUCUUGGGAAGCACAGAGGAUGUCCAGGUUGUAAUGCGUAGCACUCUUAUGCAGGCUAUUGUAAAACAGCAGCAUUGUUUCUGAUUUGUAAUUGCGUAUCCUUCGUGCCUCUGUGUUUGUUUUUGUGUGAAAGUACUCCUGGAUGACAGCAUUAUCCGUGCGUGUGCAGUAGCAUCUUCAUGCUUUGUAGUUCAAGCAGAGGGUGGACAAAUUGCUAAGACAGCUGAUCCUCUCCAAACAUUGGUAAAGGCUAUAAAAAAAGAAUAGAUUGAUCUUUAAUUUGGCUCUAAGUGAUUCUUGUCUUAGUAGUAAAGGCUUGUAUACUUUUUAAAUGCAGAUGUGCUUUGAUUCACAUUGACUCUACCCUUAAAUGCUAAACAGCAGCUCUCCCUAGUGGCUACAAAAAAAAAACAAAAUUGCAAAAUAUAUCCAUUUUCAAAGUUCACUGAGUUCAGUAGUUGAUGUAAUGGAACAGUUCUGUAGUAACAGUGUUCUGUCUUUUUAUUAAUUUCCAAUACAUUCUUAAUUUUCUGUCUGCUCACAUUGUCCCCACUGUCUUCUGUUCCAAUCUAUUUCUUAUUUUCCAUCCUUUAUUACCUUCUCUCCAGGAUGAUUGGCUCACAUGCCAAAGAAACUGGUUAUACCUAGGUAUCUUUUUGGCUGCAGACAUCAAGAGGCAACUGCCUGCUGAGUCAAAUAUGUUUCUCAAGGUUGGGAAGUCCUGGAAAGAGAUUGUGGCUAAAGUUAAUAAGAUACCCAAUGACCUUAAAGCAGCCACACAGUGUGGUAUUUUACCAAACAGAAUGCAUAGAAAUUAGGCAUAGGCAUGUUAAUGAUAAGAGAAAGAAACAUGAAAACAUAUGCAUUUAUGCAAGUGAAUAUAUUGAGACAGCACACAUGCCUUGUUGAUAUCCCAAACAGAUCUGUUGGCGACUGUUUAGUGGAAAAUGCUCUUUUAAUGAGCUACAGAAGUGUCUAGAAGCUUACCUGGAGUCCAAGAGCAUCAUCUUUCCCAGGAUAUUCUGCACACAUCAUUUGUUUGUUACACACGACAACAGCAGACCUUUACAAAGUACUCUUUUUAUAUUAUUGAAACAUUUUCAAACAGCAUCUUUUUUGUUUUUACAAUCCCAUUUCCAAAAGUAUCAAGAGGUUGUGUAAAAUGCAAAUAAAAACUGAUCUUUGUUUAUCCUGAGAAUUUUUUCUAUUUUUAUGAGAAAAUUAGCACAUUUUGAAUUUUAUUGCAGGAACAUGGCUCCAAAAAGU